AUGCAUCUUUCUCUAUCACUCAGCAUCUCUGUUUCUCUCUCCUUCUCUCUCUCUCUCUCUCUCUCUCUCUCUCUCUAUCUAUCUAUCUAUCUAUCUAUAUAUAUAUAUAUAUAUAUAUGCAAUUUUCACUAUUCACAUCAUUCGGACUAUUGUCCGGUGAAGGACGUUUCUGUAGGCUUUCUUACUUGCUCUCACGAAACUGUCAACUAUAAUUUGAAUGGUAAUAUCCUGUUAAUGGAAGCGCCAUUACGAAGAACGAAUUUCUUUUCAAUGGAGAAAGAUUCAAGUAGACACAUGACGCUUGAAGGGGAACGCACCUGUGCUUACUCGACAGUCCAAAAUUCUCGCGUUGCACUCACUGAACAGAAGGUGAAUAAACUGCGUUUUGUUUCUGAUCUAAAUACAGCCACAUGGACAGUGAAUUGGGCAGGGAUGACCAAAGGACGUUGUCUCUCUAUCUAUCUAUCUCAGUACAUAUUGGUUUGCUUUGUUUUACGGCAUAUCAACCUCAAUGGGUUAUUUAAUGCCGACAAGAUUUUUAUUGGUGCUAAUAUCUAUCUAUCUAUCUAUCUAUCUAUCUAUCUAUCUAUCUAUCUCAGUACAUAUUAG